GCCAUGAGCUUGUUACCAGACUGUACCUGAAAGGGACAAGCUCACAGUACACAGGCAGCCUUUCCACACCAAGUUCCAGUGAGCCAGUGGCACGGGUCAUUGUGAUGGUGGCUGAGAUGGAUGUGGCUAGCAUGAGGUCAGAGAAGGAGUGGCAUGCCCACUGAUCAUCUGACAUGAACCAUUUCCCAGCAUUUUCAAGGGGAAUCGCUGGAGGUCUGUCUCUCUGUCUGGCCUCUUGGGCCCAUGGCAGGAGAGAAUCAGAGCAGUAGCUUUGAGUUCCUCCUCUGGGGGCUGUCAGAGCGCCCAGAGCAGCAGCACCUUCUCUUCCUGCUGUUCCUGUGGAUGUACGCCAUCACGGUGGCCGGGAAUCUGCUCAUUGUCCUGGCCAUCGGCGCAGACACCCGUCUCCACACUCCCAUGUACUUCUUCCUUGCCAGCCUGUCCUGCGCGGACAUCCUGUUCACCUCCACCACAGUGCCCAAGGCCCUGGCGAACAUCCACACCCACAGCAGGUCCAUCUCCUACGCAGGAUGUCUGGUGCAGCUCUACUUCUUCUUGACCUUCGGGGACAUGGACAUCUUUCUCCUGGCCACAAUGGCCUAUGACCGCUUUGUGGCCAUUUGUCACCCUCUCCACUACAUGACCAUCAUGAGCCGGGGGCGCUGUGUGCUCAUGGUGACUUCCUGCUGGGCCCUUACAAAUCUUGUUGCCAUGACCCACACAUUCCUCAUCUUCCGGCUCUCCUUCUGCUCCAAGAAGAUCAUUCCCGAUUUCUUCUGUGACCUGGAGCCCUUGAUGAAGGUCUCUUGCUCUGACACCCAUGUCAAUGAGCUCGUGCUUCUCUUCUUGGGAGGGGCGGUCAUCUUAAUCCCCUUCUUGCUCAUCUUGGUUUCUUAUAUCUGCAUUACUUUCGCCGUGCUCCGAGUCCCUUCUGCACAGGGAAGGCUCAAGGCCUUCUCGACCUGUGGCUCCCACCUGGCCGUGGUUACCCUGUUCUUCGGGACGGUGAUCAGGGCCUAUCUGUGUCCUUCAUCCUCUUCCUCCAACUCCGUGGUGGAGGACACAGCUGCUGCUGUCAUGUACACCGUGGUGACGCCUCUGCUCAACCCCUUCAUUUACAGCCUGCGGAACAAAGACAUGAAAGGGGCACUGCUCAGACUGCUUGGGGGCAAAAUCUCUUUCUCCUAAUGCCCAUAACCUCAGACAAUUCGAAGGCAUCCUCUAGCCUCCUCUGGUGAGGGGCUUCCAGAGAUUUCGCCAUCAGACAUCUCAGGUCUUAAGCCCAACACCGCGCCACUCCUCGAC